AUGAGGUUUGGUAUCUUAUUUCUGAUCGCACACGUGUGCGCGGUCCAGAUUCAGCCAGUGCCGGGGCCUUUGGCUCCGAAAGAGACGUUGAGCAUCAAGGAGAAAGCGCCGAACCAGGCGGCGGCUUUGAAGGAAAUGCAGACGCGAGUGGAAAACGCGCAGGGAGUGCCCUGGUGGCGUCAGCAGUUAUUCGCGGCUUUGAUGCCCACGCCGGAGUUGCGGACGCGGAUGGCGGAACGGCAGGCGGCGCGUUGGGCGUGGUACGGUCGACAGUGGCCGACGAACAUAGCUGACCGAGGAGUGGUGCAUUAUCGUGCACGAGGAGGCAAUUUGACGAUUGCAUUUGGUGUAUCUGAGGACCCUCGUUUCUGGAAGCAGGGUUAUUAUAUGAUUCAGAAGGGUGCCUUUUACAAGCCUACGAAUAUCCGUAUGAUGUCAACGUAUUACUCGCGCGGUACGCGCAGUCUUAAGUUGUAUGCGGAUAUUUUCGGCAAGGCCCUGGCGGUACUGCAGCAGGGUCCAGCACUCUCGAGCACAGGUUCCAUUUCCACGGCUACUCUGAGCGACUUGUUGGCCAUGAUGGGUGAAAAUCUGGGUCGUUCUUUCGCGGAGUUAGUCGGACGCCGCAAAGGUUCGAACCGGAACCGGAACUCUUCUUACGACGAAGAUGACGAGGAGGAAGAGGAGGAAGAGGAGGAAGAGGAUCAGGAAGACUUCUUCGGUCCCUGGUCACGCGUACGUCCACUGCAAUGGGUGGCCGAACAGGUGGUUAAAAGACAGUCGUUAAGCGCGCUCAAUGCGCUCGCUGCACAUACCACCUCUUUGCUAAAAAUGAUGCGCCUAUUCGAACUGCCCGCCAAAGGCAGCCAUUCACCCGUCCCACACCCCGGUUUCCUUGACCUAGUACCGUUGAACAAGCGGCUGCAUGAUACCCUCAGACUGGAAACGGUUGCGGUUCAAUUGCGCCAGAUCUCGCUCGACUUUACUGUCCCCGGACGUAAGCAGUACUACAGCUCGCUGCAGUCCAUGGGUUCGGAGGCAAGACGACUGACGGAACAAUAUGAGAAAUUAUUGGGUAAGUAUGGCGACCAUUACGCGCCGGAUUAUUAUCGUGGAGUGGCGCAACGGGUUUCCGGUGAAGACGAACGUUCUGCCAAACGGCUCAAGGCAACGCUCAAGGCGUUGCCGGAGAAGGUCGCGGCGGCGGGGGCGUUGCGUCCGGAUGGGUUGCCGGCGACAUUGCAGUUGACGUUCGGCGCGCAGCCGGUUAAGGAGUAUAAUUUGCGACUUGUCGGCCGCGGCAAGGGCGCGCUCACCCCGAAGUCCGAUGCUUGGCGCGUUAGCCAUGCCUUCCGCGAAGGACCGGAGGUGGAGAUGAAGUAUCGCAAGUACGAGCCGCUGAUCGAAUUAGCCUUCGAGAAACAGUUGGCGCGCGCGUAUUUGCACUCGGCCACACAGCCCGUGCAACUGGCGGGCAGCUCGAAGCAGGGACUCGACGUGACUGCGACUUUCCGCACUCAGUUGCUCUGUUACUAUGACAACCGUGUCGGUGACGCCCGCAUGCUCGAAUUGCUUCAAGUUGCGCUGCCUGGCGUGGACGUGCCCAAGACCGACGCCAAGGCAGCGCCGCCACCGUGGCUGUCACAGCUGGUUACGCCGUCGCUAGAUGACUUGUGGGUCACUGUUGGUGCUGUCCACGACUCGUGGCAGAACGCCGAUCGUGGGGUUUCACGUGUGCUGCUUGAAGCUUACUUGCGAGACCAAUUAGAGCAACAGGGCCGCAUGACGCUUGCGCCGUCGCAGUAUGUGUCGCUCGAACGUGAGCCGCUCUGUCACGCACACAAACUGACUAACACCGUCAUGCCCUUCAUGUCCACCAAGGGUAAACUCAAGAGUCAGACGGGGACCAAACAGCCGGCCCAAGUAGCGCCAGGUAUGGAGCUGCAGAACCGUAAAAACGGCCCGGCGGUGCCCGCGGCGCUGUAUGACGCGUACGCGACCUGUCUGAACAUGUUCCCUGUCGGCACAGAGGCCUUUCUAUUUGGAGAGAACAAACCGGCCAAUCGGAGACCAUCUUUCCUUUCACGACAGCUGGACGACUGGGCAAGUGCGUUAGCAUUGGAGAAAAAGGAACUGACUGGGGGCAUCGUGGGGACCGUUGACAAACAGUUCUAUCCUGCAGUCAACAUGCAGCAAGUCGCUGAGGCGCGCUACGACCCCGCGGUUGCUCGGCGUGUCGCACAAGACCUUCAACGUCGACCGCCCGGCGUCGACGCGGCCGGACUCCGUAACGUCCAGACCGGACUACUGGCGACCGUCACCACGCCCGCGCCGAUCACCGAACCCGUCACUGCUAAGACUACUCCUGGCACAGUCGCCGUCGCUGUUCCACCGGCGCCCAACCCCGCGGACUACCGCCCCGCUGACCUUGGUCGUGCACGCACAGGUGGCGCCCCCUUCUUCUACGCUUACAGUCACUGCGCCCAAGACGGCCAGUGGACCCGUGUCGUCCGCAUCAGCCAAGACGACUUCAACGGAAAGACCUGUCCCGGCCCUGCCGCCGCCGUCGCAGUCCGCGACCCACUUAACAAGACAGACCCCUCCGACUUCCGCAACCUCUGA